AAAUGUACCAAUCCAAUGCUCUGUAUUUUAUACUCGUUACUUUACCAGCGCCAUUUGCCGAAGCAUUUCAUCACUCAGCUUACAUAUAUAUGAUCUAAUAUGUUCUCUGGAGUCUCCGAAAGAAACGAUGCUUGAACCAGGUAAAUUGUAAAAUGGCAGAAGGUCGUGAAUGGAUGUAUAAUCGUAUUAGUCGGACUUCGGGUAAUCUAAAUUUAGAGUUUGUAGACGGUGUAAAUCAUUUUUUGGACUUCGCUUUUACAAUAGCUCAACGGAAUGGAGAAAGUAUGGUGAAAUGUCCAUGUACAAAGUGCAAGCUAAGAAAGUACUUCGAUAGAGGUAUAAUUAGAACACAUUUGUGUAAGAAUGGGUUUAGAGAAAAGUAUUACAUAUGGGAUUGCCAUGGGGAAGAACGUCCUAUAAAUCCUAUUAUUUAUCGAGGGUAUACACCUAUUAAUGUGGACUCAUUUGAAAGCGCAACAACCAUUGAUAAAUGUGAUGAGCCAAAUCACGUUUUAGGAUGUACACAAAUGGUUAGAGAGGUUAUGUAUCCAUUCUCUAUUGGAACUGCAAAUGAUGAAAAUGAUUUUAAUACGUUUGGGUUGGAUGACGAUGAAGAAACUCGUUUUGAGACUAACGAGACUCAAAACCCAAAUAAGAAUGCAGAGGAGUUUUACAAACUGUUAAAAGAUGCAUCUACUCCAUUAUAUGAUGGUUGCACUAGUCAUACUCGAUUAUCUGUUGUGGCUGAGCUUUUAAGUGUUAAGAGUCAGUAUAACAUGUCUGAUGCAUGUUAUGACAAAGUAGCUUCAAUUGUUGAACGGAUUGUGCCUGGUGAUAACAAUUUGCCAAAUAACUUUUAUCAGUCCAAAAAGAUGAUCCAUGGAUUGGGGCUACCAUAUUUCAAAAUAGAUGCAUGCGAGAAUAAUUGCAUGCUAUUUGAUGGGAAUGAUAAAGAUCUCAUGUACUGCAAAGUUUGUGGUGUAUGCAGGUACGAAGAGGGUUCUAUAGACCGAGGAGGUAAAAGGAAACCACCAUCAAAAAAAGUGUUGCGUUACCUACCAAUAACAGAGCGGUUGAAGCGCAUGUACAUGUCCUCUAAAACAUCAGAAUUUAUGACUUGGCAUAUGAGAGGGGCUUCUGGCGGUGGUAGUACUAUUUCACAUCCUUGCCAAUCAGAGGCAUGGAAACAUGUUGAUCAAACAUUUCCGGAUUUUGCCACGGAGUCCAGAAAUGUGCGUUUAGGUCUAUGCACAGAUGGGUUUAAUCCAAAUUCUGAUUUCAGCAACCCAUACUCUAUUUGGCCCAUGUUCAUUGCUGUGUAUAAUUUACCUCCUGAACUUUGCAUGAAAGAACCAUAUAUUUUCAUGGCCAUGCUGAUACCUGGUCCUCGAUCCCCUGGAAGGAACAUUGACGUUUUCUUAAGGCCACUUAUCGAUGAGCUAAAUAUGAUAUGGAAUGUUGGGGUUGAAACAUGGGAUGCAUUUCGAAAACAAAAUUUUGUGCUUAGAGCUUGCCUUAUUUGGACAAUCAGUGAUUUUCCGGCAUAUGGAAUGUUAUCAGGAUGGAGCACCCAUGGUAGAUUAGCAUGUCCAUACUGUUUGGGUGAAGGAGUUGCCCAACAACUUAAGUUCGGAAAGAAGCCGUGUUGGUGGGGUUGUCACAGGAGGUUUCUAAGAGCACAACAUGGUUUUCGUCGUGAUUCACAAUCCUGGGGAGUAUUUGGUGUUGAACGUCGUAGACCUUGUCCGAUUGUUUCAGGCGCUGAAAUAUUGAGAGACAUUGAGAGUAUUAGUUUUCCACCAUUUGGGUUACAAUAUGAUAACUUGCGUGCAGAUGGAUUCGGUAGAACUCACAAUUGGAUUAAAAGAUCUAUUUUUUGGGAUCUACCUUAUUGGAAGGAUUUGCUUGUCCGACAUAAUCUUGAUGUCAUGCAUAUAGAGAAGAACUGCUUUGAUAAUGUCUUCAACACAGUUAUGAAUGUGAAGGGGAGAACUAAGGAUAAUUCUAAUUCGAGGCGUGAUAUGGAGCUUAUGAGUAUCCGUAAGGAGUUGCACUUGUAUCAACGCAAUAUGAUCACUUAUCAACCAAAAGCAAGUUAUGUGUUAGAUAAGCCAAAUGUUGUCAAUAUAUGUAAUUGGUUGAAGGAAGAAGUGAAACUUCCUGAUGGAUAUUCAUCAAACAUUGGACAUUGUGUUAAUACAACUAACAACACAUUUUAUAGCAUGAAGAGUCAUGAUUGUCAUGUGUUUAUGCAGCGUCUACUUCCGAUUGCAUUGCGUGGUUAUCUUCGGUCACCUCUAUGGAUAGCAAUAUCUGAGUUUUGCAAAUUUUUCAGGAUAAUUUGUGCAAAGCAACUGUGUGUUGCAGACAUUGAGAAACUACAAGAUGCAAUUGCAGUUACACUGUGUAAACUAGAAAAGGUUUUUCCUCCUAGUUUCUUUGACUCGAUGGAGCAUUUGACAGUCCAUCUACCAUGGGAGUUGAAAACUUGUGGACCAGUGCAGUACCGUUGGAUGUAUCCGUUUGAGCGUCUGAUGAAAAAGUUAAAGGAAAAAGCAAAAAAUAAACAAUUUCUCGAGGGAUCCAUUGUUGAAAAAUUUUGGGUUCAUGAGGUAGCCUUAUUCUGUGAGCAUUACUUUGAUGACAACUUAGGCACUCGCAUUAACCCUCACGUUAGGAAUGAAGUUGGGGCUAAUAUGUUAGUCAUAGGGGAAGCUUCAAAUGAUUUUGAAUUGUUGUCUAUUUUCAAACACCCGGUCAGAAAUUUCAGCCGCGUGAACAACCGUGUGUUGACAAAUGAAGAAUUGCAUCAUGUUCAUAGCUAUGUUUUGUUUAAUACUCCAGAAGUGCAACAAUAUAUCACUCAUUUUGAGAAUCUUACACGACAGUCAUCCCCAAGGCUGAAUGAUUCCGAUGUUGAUAAACAUAGAAUGACACAUUUUGCUACGUGGUUUGAGUUAAUGGUGAAGGACUCUCCUCAAAAUUUCACAUCACAACUCAUUGAGCUUUCUGAGUGGCCAAAGAAUAAGGAGAUAGAAAUCGGUCGCAAACCCACAUUUUUAGAUUUUGCUGAAAAGUGGGUUCUGGAUGACACUAGCACAAAUGAGCCAGUCCCAACAUCAUUUGCGGGGUAUAUGGUAGCAUAUCGUCAACGAAUGGAAGAAGCGUAUGGACCGGAUAGAACAAAACAUCCUGCUUUUGAUUCUCACAUGUGGAAAGAGAUUACCGGUGAUCCAAAAAAAGGGCGUUGGGUCGGCGUACCGGCCCAACUUUCACAUCCCGAACUAUUUCAACCUUCUAAACCUCUUGAGGAUACAUAUAGACUCUUGAGUGGCCGUAUUGUUGAAAUGGAGGCUGAAAUUGAGACGAUGGGGGUAGGGAUGGCAGAGCUCAAGGCACAAAAUGAAACAAUGAGGCUUGAAAAUAUAGAACAACGAACAAGCUUCACAACUGCCAUGAGUAAUAUAUGGGCCAUUCUUAUCAAUAUGGGUGUGGCCAAUCCAAACAUGAUUAAUCAUCAAUUUCUUCCGGGGGGUUCAUCAUCUAAUCAGUGCCCACCAUCACUAUUAGCACAACGAAAAUACAACCCAUUGCCAUCCAUCGGACAACAUCAACAACCGAGAUCAUUUGGGCAACUUUUGGAGAUGAAUUACACUCAAGCGCAUUUAUUUGACCAACCUUCUCCAUUUGCUGUUUGAUGCACACUAAUUAGUAGUGCAUAAUUACAUGUUUUUAUGAGUGAUUUAUGUUAAUUGUUUGACGUUUUAUUUAGUUUGUAAACAUUUAUGUGAUUUCAAGUUGUAAUUGUAUUUUAGUCUAUUUGUGUCAGUUGUAAAGUUUAGUUAGGAUUUAUGGUUUGGAAAGGA